GGAAAAAGCCUCAAUUGCAGGCGACCUCAUUGGAUCGCCGCCUUAGCAUCGUCCCAGACUGCGUCAAAGCAGCAAAGCAAGCCUUCUCGCCUCGUUCAUACUCAGACUCACAUUCAGUCACUCACUUUUCCUUCCUACGUAACAACUCAAGUCCCGGACUUCCUCGCUGUACCUCCGUGUACAGAACCUUCUCCUUCUCCAGCGCCUUUCCACUCCUUCGUUGGUGGUCGCUGCCGUCCCUCUCCGAUCUCGUAUAUUUCCUAUGGAUCAUUCGCUGUAUCAUUAGCUCGCCUUCUACAUCAUGUAUCGUUGUGCCGCCGGGAAGCUCUCCCUGAGAGCUGCGCAAGCUUCAAAAUCCUUUUCUACUUCUUCGGCCUCGCACGCCUGCGUAGGGAGCCGCCAGAAUGCGCUCAUCGCUGGGAGAAAACCAUUAGCCGUCAUGGCCCGCAGCUCACUGCAGCGCAGGGGCUAUGCCAUGGCGGCUGAGGAGUCAAACAAAGGCGUCGAUCCCAAUGACUCCUUUCUUCAGGGCAACACUGCCAACUACAUCGAUGAAAUGUACUUGGCAUGGAAAAACGAUCCCUCUUCUGUCCACGUCUCAUGGCAAGCCUACUUCCACAAUAUGGAGGCUGGCAAUAUGCCCGUCUCUCGAGCGUUCCAGCCUCCUCCGGGACUCCUAUCGCAAGCCGAGGGCGCAGCGAGCAUUGCGCCGAGCGCAGUCACCGCAGGCGGAGAAGACAUCAGCAAACACUUGAAGGUCCAGCUACUCGUAAGAGCAUAUCAGGCUAGAGGCCACCACAAAGCAAAGACAGAUCCGCUGGGCAUCCGCGGAGAGGCCGAAGCGUUCGGUUACCGCAGACCCAAGGAACUGGAGUUGGACCACUACGGAUUCACCGAGGCAGACCUGGAUCAAGAAUUUACACUUGGCCCGGGUAUUCUUCCUCGAUUCUCGACGGAUUCGAAACACCAAAUGAAGCUUCGCGACAUCAUUGCUGCCUGCGAAAAGACCUACUGCGGCUCCUACGGUGUGGAGUACAUUCACAUCCCAGACCGAGAACAAUGCGACUGGAUCAGAAACAGAAUCGAGGUUCCUACACCCUUCAGAUAUUCCGUGGAUGACAAGCGACGCAUCCUCGACCGCCUGAUCUGGAGUUCCAGCUUCGAAACCUUCCUGGCCACAAAAUACCCCAAUGACAAGCGUUUCGGUUUGGAAGGCUGUGAGUCUCUUGUGCCUGGUAUGAAGGCCAUGAUCGACCGAAGUGUCGACUAUGGUAUCAAAGACAUUGUGAUCGGAAUGCCACACAGAGGCAGAUUGAACGUGUUGAGCAAUGUCGUCCGCAAACCCAACGAAUCCAUCUUUAGUGAAUUUGCUGGCAGCACCGAAGCCAAUGACGAGGGUUCCGGCGAUGUGAAAUAUCACUUGGGUAUGAAUUUCGAGCGACCGACUCCUUCCGGCAAACGUGUCCAACUCUCGCUGGUCGCCAACCCGUCUCACUUGGAAGCUGAGGAUCCAGUUGUGUUGGGCAAGACCCGUGCCAUUCAGCAUUACAACAAUGACGAGACGAAACACCUCACGGCAAUGGGCGUUCUUCUUCACGGUGAUGCCGCCUUUGCCGCUCAGGGCGUCGUUUACGAAACCCUCGGAUUCUACGCUCUGCCGGCGUACUCAACCGGCGGUACCAUCCACAUCAUCGUCAACAACCAGAUCGGUUUCACUACCGACCCUCGAUUUGCUCGAUCCACUCCUUACUGCUCCGAUAUUGCAAAGGCCAUCGAUGCUCCUGUCUUCCACGUCAACGGUGACGAUGUUGAAGCCGUUAACUUCGUCUGUCAACUAGCUGCUGAUUGGCGUGCCGACUUCAAGAAAGACUGUGUUAUCGACAUCGUCUGCUAUCGUAAACAAGGCCACAACGAAACUGAUCAGCCUUCUUUCACUCAGCCACUCAUGUACAAACGCAUCGAGUCUAUCAAGCCAGUCCUUGACAAGUACGUCGCUAAGCUCUUGGAAGAAGGCACCUUCACCAAAGAGGACAUCGAGGAGCACAAGAAAUGGGUGUGGGGUAUGCUCAAUGACAGCUUUGAUCGGAGCAAAGACUACCAGCCGACUGGCAAGGAAUGGUUGACCUCCGCCUGGAACGGGUUCAAAUCACCAAAGGAGCUUGCGACCGAAGUUCUUCCUCACCCUCCAACCGGCGUGCCCACUGAAACCCUACAAGAAAUCGGAAACAAGAUUGGUGGUGCGCCGGAAGGCUUUACCGUCCAUCGCAACCUCAAGCGUAUUCUUGCCGGCAGAAAGAAGGCUGUCGAGGAGGGCAAGAACAUUGACUGGGCUACUGCAGAGGCUCUUGCAUUCGGUACUCUUUGCCUGGAGGGUCACCAUGUUCGUGUCUCUGGUCAGGAUGUGGAACGUGGUACUUUCUCCCAACGUCACGCCGUCCUGCACGACCAGGAGACCGAACGGACAUGGACACCUCUGAGCAACCUGGCCAAGGAGCAAGGAGCCUUUUCGAUCUCCAACUCUUCGCUCAGUGAGUUCGGCGUACUCGGAUUCGAAUAUGGCUACUCCCUCUCGUCCCCCAAUGCUCUCGUCAUGUGGGAGGCCCAGUUUGGUGAUUUCGCCAACAAUGCCCAAUGUAUCAUCGAUCAGUUCAUUGCAUCUGGAGAAGUCAAGUGGUUGCAACGAUCUGGUCUUGUCUGCUCUUUACCUCACGGUUACGACGGCCAAGGACCAGAACACUCUUCCGGUCGUAUGGAACGAUAUCUCCAACUCUGCAAUGAAGAGCCAAGAGUGUUCCCGUCGCCGGACAAACUUGACCGACAACAUCAAGAUUGCAACAUGCAGGUCGCCUACAUGACCACUCCAUCCAACUACUUCCACAUCCUCCGCCGACAAAUGAACCGACAAUUCAGGAAACCACUGAUCAUCUUCUUCUCCAAAUCAUUGCUGCGCCAUCCCCUGGCCCGCUCUGACAUUGAGGACUUCACAGGUGAUUCACACUUCCAAUGGAUCAUCCCAGACCCAGAACACGGUAAAGCGAUUGCCGAACCCGACGAGAUCGAUCGCGUGGUCAUCUGUACCGGCCAGGUGUACGCUGCAUUGUACAAGCACCGCGCCGACAAGGGCUUCAAGAACACCGCCAUCACGCGUAUUGAGCAACUCAACCCCUUCCCCUGGCAGCAACUCAAGGAGAACUUGGACAGCUACAAGAAUGCGAAGACCAUCGUGUGGUGUCAAGAGGAGCCGCUCAAUGCCGGCGCUUGGAGUUUCGUCCAGCCCCGUAUUGAGACGUUGUUGAAUGAGACCGAGCAUCAUAACAGGCGCCAUGUCAUGUACGCGGGUCGAGAUCCGAGUGCCUCGGUCGCGACAGGUCUGAAGGCCAGCCACGUCAAGGAGGAGCAGACUCUACUCCAGGAAGCCUUUACGGUCACGCAGGACAAGUUGAAGGGCGAGUGACUAGCCGGCAAUGGCAUGAUAGCGGAUGGGGUCACGGGUGCGAAAGUCAUCUAGUUCUUUGCUUGAUCGAGGGGCCUGGCGGGGAACCUGAGGGACGAGCAACCUGAGUUUUGUUGGUGAAGCCGAAAAGUGCUGGAAGAAGUGCUAGCGAGGCUAGUGGAAGGUGGAAUGACUGAUUGCGGCUCGAAGGGCUGGAGAAUGCCAACGCCACGGGCUUGCAUGGCGCCGUAAAAGACCACUGCACAUAUACGACCCCCAUUCCGUAGCUGGCUGAUUUGGGUUUGGCUGUUCAUUGUUAAAAAGGGCUCAAUGCAUGACUUGAUUGCUUGUAA